GGCACCGAUUAAAUCGUGUACGCAUUUCGUUUGUCAUCUGUUUCCGCCAUUUUGAAACCGAAACCUAACAACAAUAUGUCAAACGGGCUGUAGAAGGUGUUUUCUUUUGCAGUGAAAACCCUGGUGAACACAAUAGUUUCGGCACAUUAAAGGCUUGUCUAAUAAAAGGUUUAAUUCAGACGACGAAUGCCUUAUGUUAUCGUAUCAGGGAAUUUGAACCCCACAAAAAACGGCGGUGCUAGUCAGCCGCCAACCCCACCAUGGAAAGUAGGCAUUUCCGGAUUAAAAGCUUUUGAAUUGGAAGAUUUGAAACGCUUCACUCUUGAGCCUCAAGCAGAUGUCCAUACUGUUGUGUUUCGGCAUCAUCCAAUUGUACUAUUAAAUGCCUUAGAAGUUCUGGGAUACAGAGUAAUAAGUUCAUUUAAUGUGAGUCCUGACAGUUGUGUGUGGACCAUGAGAAAAGAUUUUCCAGAACCUUGCCCUGAUCCAUCUGAUGACGAAGAGAGUGACUCUGCAGCAGAACUUGAUUAAAAAAAUUUCGAAAUGGAGAAAUGUACACACCAAAACUGCCAGCAUUCAUCAUCUGUGGGUCAGACAUUAGAAGAAAUGGAUUUUGAAAGGGGGCCUUGGGCUGCUGCACUCAAUGGGGACUUGUGCCGUCUUACUAAAUUAUUGCAAAACAUCAAAGCUGAUACACUUGACACAUCUGGAUAUAGCUCACUUCAUUAUGCUUCACGAGCAGGCCAUUUAGAAGUUGUCAAACAUUUAGUAGCACACGGU